AUGGAGAUAGCCUCAAACGAAUCGCUCUGUCCGAUCUCGACGCUAAUAGAGACAGGCUCUGUCUCUCUCGGGAUUCCUCUGUCCGCACAUCAAUUCCUCUGGGACGCGAUCUCAUUUGUCCCAUCAACAUCGGAUUCAGAAGUUCUUAAUCAGGUACAAGAGAGGAAGGAACUUGAUGAGCCAGAUUGA